AUGGAGGAGAGGACGCUGCAACUUUCACCGCGGACGCCGCCUACCCGACGUCCUCACAAACUCCUCUCCUCCAUCUCCACCCUUAGCUCCUCGUCCCUCGCUUGGGGCUUCUUCAAUGACUCCGCUCCCGUCCCCGGCUCCUCCGAAACCCUCUAUCUCAUCGGAUCUUGCCGCGGAGACCUCACUGCCGAGAGCUGCCGCAACUGCCUCAGUGGCUCAGCCAUUGACGUCACCCGUUCCUGCCCCGACACGAAGGAGGCGAUCUUCUAUGGAGAGAAUUGCACUGUCCGGUACUCUAACACCUCGAUCUUCGCCACAGUUGCGAUUGAACCCAACUACAUUUUGACCAAAGUGCGCAACGUCUCAAGCCAGGUCACGUUCAUGCUGGAUACACAGAUGGAAGGUCUGUGGCGCGAGGCAGCCGGCGGUGGCCCACUGAGGAAGUUUGCUACAAGGAACAUGUCUGUGGGGCUUGACACGAUUUACGCGAUGGCGCAGUGCACACCAGAUUUGACGGAGGAGCAAUGCAUCGAGUGCCAAGAGACAAUAUUCAGCGACAUCAAGAGAUGUUGUCUCGGGAACGCAGCAACGAGGACCACGGUGCCGAGUUGCCAGUUCCAUUACGAGGUCAAUUAUCGGUUCUUUGACCCAGUUGCCGAGCCACUUCCGCCUCCGCCUCUGCCUCCGCCUCCUCCUCCGCGGCCGCCUCCAGGUACGUCAGCUCUUGCUCAGGCAUUAGGCACGUGGCUUUCUGUUUUUCUCCUCUUUUAA